AGGCACUUCCACCUCCCUCCGCGAGCAAAUAGCGUUGCACGCACAAGUGACACAGCAGGAGACCCAGCUCGGUCCUCUAGUCACACGUCUUUCUCAAAACAAGAUGAAGCCGUUAUUUUUGCUGCUGCUCCUCUGUCACAUUUCAUCUCCAGUGAAACACACCCUGAAGUUUUUCUUCACUGCAUCUUCUGGAGUCCCAAACAUCCCAGAGCUUGUGUCUGCUGCAGUGGUUGAUGAACAUCUGGCAGCUUAUUGUGACACCAACAAAAAGAUAGUCGAACCAAAACAGGAUUGGAUGAAAAAAUUAUUGGAAAACAAUCCUCGGCACCUGGAAUGGUACACUCAAGAGUGUUUUAAGAUUCAGCCUAAUCAGUUCAAAGCCAAGAUGGAGAGCUUGAAGCAGCGCUUCAACCACAAUGGAGGUGACCACAUUUUACAGAGGAUGUAUGGCUGUGAGUGGGACGAUGAGACUGGAGAGGAAAAUGCUUUUAAUCAAUACGGUUACAAUGGAGAAGACUACAUAUCAUUGGACGUAAACACAUACACAUGGAUUGCUCCAAAACCACGGGCUGUUGUCACCAAACUGAUCUGGGAUGCUGAGAAAGCUAGGACAAAAUGCAAUCAGAUGUACCUUACGCAGAUUUGUCCUGAGUUCCUCAAGAUGUAUGUGGCCUUUGCCAAGAGCUUUCUGCUGAAAACAGGUAGGAUCACAUGA